AUGGCCUAUGCAUCAAGAUUGGGACUCAUCGUUACCGCUAAACAAACUUAUUAUCCAAUUGAAUUAUCAAAUGCUGAGCUUUUAGCACAUUACGAAACGGUACAAGAAUAUCAUCAAGAAAUUUCCACAAAUGUUUUGACGCUAUCAAGUAAAUUCAAACCCGACCCUAAGUUGAUCGAUCAACAACCAGAAAUGACACCAACACAUACCAGAUCAGCAAUAGUUACAUUUUUGUUCGAACUGUCAGUAAUGUCUCGUGUUACUGAUGGUAUAUUCUAUCACGCUGUAAGACUCUAUGACCGCUAUUGCUCAAAACGUGUCGUUUUACAGGACCAAUCCAAGCUUGUUGUGGCGACUUGUCUUUGGUUGGCUGCUAAAACUUGGGGAGGUUGCAAUCAUAUCAUUAACAAUAUUUCCAUACCCACUGGUGGGAGGUUCUAUGGACCUAACUCAAGAGCUCGUAUUCCUCGUCUAUCUGAACUGAUUCAUUACUGCGGCGGGGCCGACGUUUUUGACGAAUCUAUGUUUAUGCAAAUGGAGAGACACAUUUUAGAUACUUUAAAUUGGGAUGUUUACGAACCAAUGAUUAAUGACUACGUUUUAAACGUUGAUGAAAACUGUUUAAUACAGUACGAACUCUACAAAAGACAAUUAGAACAUAAUAAAGAAUGGUUAAGAAAAAGACAAUCACAACAAUCUCAUGAUAGUGAUGCAACGGUGGAUGACGAAGAAAACAUUUAUGAGGAGGAGGAAGAUGAAGAUUUAGAAAUGAAAAUUCAAUUGAUAAACCUAAAAAGAUUUUUAAUCGAUCUUUCUACCUGGCAAUACGAUUUAUUGAAAUACGAAAUGUUUGAAGUUUCUCAUGGUAUCUUUUCUAUGCUCAGUAGAUUUACUGAUCAAGACCAAGGUCCAUUUUUGGUUACGCCUUUACCAACAACUACAAAUCAAGCUCAAGUUCUAAACGUUUUCAUCAAUGCCGUGGCUCAUACACCAGCAUCUCUUUUGGAAGUCUACAAGAACCGUACAGGCGUUCUAGAUUUCGUUUCUACUGUAAAGAGCUAUCAAUCAGAUUUGCACAAGAAAUUACAACUCGCAUCCGCCAUGGACUUAUCAAGAAGAGGUGUUGCUAGCUCUCGUUAUUUCGACCAAUUAUCCAGGGCACCUUCCCCCACUUAUUCUCAACAUUAUACCCCAAUGAGAAAUACAAGUACACAGUCUGAUAACAGUGUUUUCAGUACAAAUAUGGAUCAAUCAUCGCCGAUCACCCCACAAAUUUACAGUUUCGGACAGUAUGUUAAUGACAGCAGUACUUGUGGAAGCGCUUGUGGUAGCACAUUAAGUGUUAACAGCAUUCCUAAUAAGAAAUCUUACGAACAGCAGCAGCAUCAACAUCAGCAACAUCAACAAGAAGAUAAAGAGAAUCAAAUUCCAGCUCAUCAAAUUCCUCCGAGAGCGAAAUUUAUCAGUAAUGGAAUGUUUGGUUCCCCGAGUGGAACGGUUAACAGUUCGAAUUCUAGCAAUAGAUCAUCCGUAAUAUCGUUGGCAAUUGGCAAUGUGAACACCAUGGCAUAA